AAGCGCUGAGUUGCUUGUCAGUUGAAUGUUCGUUGUUGUUUUUUUGUUGAGUUUGCUUAUUUGUAUAUUAGUUAGGCCUUUGCAUGUGGCAGAUUACUGAUGAGCAGGAGGCUGAGCUGCGCGAGGUGUUCGCUGCUUACGAUGUGAAUGGCGAUGGGAUCAUUAAUGCCAAGGAGCUGGCGCUGCUUAUGCAUAAUACGGGACAUCAGCUCACCGAGUCGGAGCUCUACGAGCUCAUCGACAGCGUGUGCAAAGACGGCACACGCGAGCUGAAGCCCAGCGAAUUCAUUGCCAUGAUGGCGCCGCGUUUGAAGGACAUUGAGAGCGUCGAGAAUCUGCGUCGUGCCUUUGAGGUCUUCGAUCGCAAUGGCGAUGGUUUCUUUGACGCUCACGAUGUGCGCUUCAUUCUCAGCACGCUGGGCGAGAUUGUGGACGAGGAGCACUGCAAGCUCAUAAUGGAUGAGCUGGGCGCCAGCACAGUGCAGCUGUUGCCCACACAUUUAUCAAAAAUACUAAAAACGAAGAUUUGUUACACUGAAAAUUUGCAAGAGCAUUAAACGCACCAAAUUAAUGCAAAGGCACGUUUCGUCCAUUAAGCCAACGAGAGUCAGAGCUUUGCUUGCUUUGACUUUUCAAGCACAUGGGGACACACACACACACACACAUACAUGAAAAGUGUUGUAUAAACAAGUUGCAGCCUGCAGGACUUUGGCAUAACUGAUGACUGAGAGAGAGAGAGACGCUUUCGGACUGCCCUUAAUACUUGAGCCAACAGCGACUAAUGAAAGGACUGCUCGUCUGCUCUUCGUCGUUGCCUUUCCAUUUGCACUUUCAUUUUCGCAUUUCGCAUUUGAGUUGGCCUGAAAUUAAA